AUGACCCGUUUGACGCGCCCAACCCAUCUGGCUCUUUUAGAGAGGCACUGGGAAGAAGUGUUGCAGCCACAGAAAUCCGAUUAA